AUUUAGAUAAUAAUUACAUCUUUCGGGGAUUGAACUCGAUCCAUCCCCCGGGAUCCCACCCGCCCAACAUGGCUCCCUCCAUUCCCUCGGCCAAACUGACUCUCUCAUGCCCGCUCUUCGCCGCCGACUUCGACCCGCGUCAUCACGGCUUGCUACUGGUCGGUGGAGGAGGUGGUGAAGGCCGUAGUGGUGUCGGCAACAAAAUCGCCCUCUUGAAUACCUCCAAGCGCUCCGAAAUCUCCGAAGUUGUCGACAUCAACUUGUCGCGCGAUGAGGACUCAGUCACUUCUCUCGCCGCCGUCCAAGCUGACGACGAAGCCAUCGUCGCCCUCGCCGGCAUCAACAGCUCCGUGGCGGAGCAGAAGCGCGGCAAUAACCAGCAUCUGCGUUCCUUUCGCAUUGAUCAUCCCACCCGGAAAGAGAAGGACAACAACAAGGAAAACGAGAAGACAACGAACAAUGGACAAACCACCGCGCUUUCACGAACAUCACUAUUUCGCACCGUGAAAGGCCCCUCCUCCGCCGCCUCUCCCGACACCUACCAGCGCACCCUGCGCCUCUCCCCCUGGCAAUCCGACUCGACCUCCCCGCGUGUCGCUGCCAUCGCUACCGGUCUCGCCCCGGCCGGCGAGAUCGUCUUCUUCAGCGCAACCCCCACCCCCAGUCCAUCCGACGUGAUCGGACGCAUUCGUCUCAACAGCGACGAGGAAGCCGAGGACGUCGAUCUCACCCCCCUCCCCGACAACAAGGGCCAAUUCCGCGUCGCCUACACCAACGGCGUCGACAUCUGCAUCUGCACCAUCUCCGCCGACACGCGCUCCAACGCCUCCCCCGACGUACAAUGCGUCUACACCACCCCCACCCCCGACAAGGGCUCCCCCCGGAUGCGCCCCAAGUUCCGCGCCCUCCGCUUCCUCUCCUCAACCAGCCUUCUCCUCCUCCAAAACGCCCCAGACCGCAAGGGCUGUGAGCUCGUCCUCCUGGACCUCCGCCCCGCCAUCAUCACCUCCGCCAUAGCCACCACCACCACCACCACCAAAGAACCAACCACCAAAGGCGCCAAAGCAUCCAUCCUCCGCCGCAAGAAGCUCCGCAAAACCAUCAAGAUCGGCCUCGGUCUCGACACCUGCCUCCUUAGCCCAGACCCCACCACAAACCAACAACAAGCCGUCAUCGCCAUCUCCGGCAGCGACCAAUCCAUCGAGCUCCUCACCCUCGAAUUCAACCCCUCCACAAACCGCUACAACCAUUUCCAAACCUACACCUCCCUCCGCGAUGUCCACCCCUUCUCCAUGACCAAGCUCUGCUUCUCCCGCUUCCACACCCCAUCUCUCCCUGUCUCCCCCGAAACCCCCCCACAAUACAUCAAACUCGCCUCCGUCAGCAUGGGCAACACCGUCGUCGUCCAUACCCUCCCCUUAUCCCCCUGUCCCCCGACAAGCCGCUCCCCGCGCUACGUCCUCUCCAUGCCCGGCGACUCCGAAAUCUGGACAAACCUCACCUCCAGCUUCGCUGCCAUCCUCUCCAUCCUCACCGUCUGCUUCAUCCUCCAGGCCUUCACCGAGAUCCGUGGCGCCAUGCCUCCUUACCUCGGCGCGAAGGACUGGUUACCGCCUAGUAUCCGCGAUGCUGUCGCCAUCCCUUAUGAACCUUUUACUCCUUCUCCGUCUGCUUCUCCAUCUAUCCCUACUACCAGUUCUAUUCCCAUCCCCCCAGAAGUAGAAUACCCCGCCCAAAUCCAUUCACUGAACGAUAUCCUACUCUCCUCGGAUGAUCUCCAGCAGCAGCAGCAGCAGCAGCAGCAGCAGCAGCAGCAGGGGCGUCAAUCCCUCCUGAUAAACUGCAAUCCGGAGACGAAUACCCUCCGGAUUGACUCGACUGAUCCAUCUUCAUCAUCUUCCUCUGAGGCCGAUUCGGGUAUCCAUAUCUGGGAAGAUCUCUCCGAGGAGACUCGACACCGGUGGAUCAGUCAGCUCACGCAAGCGGGCUACGAGCCAUCUGGUGAAGAUGUUGAUGUGGAGUCGAUUUUCAAGGGGGUGAGGUUCGGGGAUUUGUGUACGGAAGUGCCCAUUCACGAGGAGUUGUGAUGCCGUUUCUUGUGGUUUUGUUCCCGCUUUUUCUUUUUCUUCUAUAUCAUGGCUGGUAUGUGUGUAUGUAUGCGUGGAUGUAGGCCUGAUGCAAGUAAUGGUAGGUGGGUAUGAUUGUGGUUGUGGUUGGUUAUUUACGUUGCACAUGUUGCCCUUCUUGGAUGUGGUGCUUGCUGGUGCCGAUGAUUUUUUAUGAAUAGCUCUUUUCCUUUUUUUUGUUUUUCCUUUUCUGCCUUUCUGGUCUUCUACUAUACCUAUGAUUGUACGCUAUCAUGCUCCGUGUUCCAUUCAACUGUAC